UUAAUACCUCCGCUUUGUUUUCCAACUCGAUGUGCUAAAGAAGAAGAAGAAGAAGAAGAAGAAGAAAUGGCUAAUAUUAUAGGAGGGACGCCAUUGAUAAGAUUGAAAGUUAUACCAGAGCUUGCUCCCCCAAUUUGGCGGUCAUCGGCAUUUCUUUUUAAGUGUAAUCGUAAUCCUAAUCUUCAUAAACAUCCACUUUUACUCUCUUCUUACUUUCCUACUAUAAGAACAACCAGAAGGAAUUUCUCUGUCUACGCCAAGGCGGCUGCUGCUGCUUCUUCUGAUGGAGAAGUACAAGUUCGAGUCCGUUUUGCUCCUUCACCUACCGGCAAUCUCCAUGUUGGCGGUGCCAGAACUGCUCUUUUCAAUUAUCUCUUCGCUAGGUCCAAAGGAGGGAAAUUUGUCUUGAGGAUUGAGGAUACUGACUUAGAGAGGUCUUCUAAGGAAUCAGAGGAGGCAGUGCUUCGUGAUCUUUCUUGGCUUGGCCUUGAUUGGGAUGAAGGGCCUGAUGCUGGUGGUGACUAUGGUCCAUAUCGCCAAUCUGAAAGAAAUUCCCUGUAUAAGCAAUAUGCUGAGAAACUUUUGGAAUCUGGUCAUGUCUAUCGUUGCUUCUGUUCUAAUGAGGAGCUUGAAAAGAUGAAGGAGAUUGCGAAACUAAAGCAAUUGCCGCCAGUAUACACUGGAAAGUGGGCCACUGCGACAGAUGAGCAAGUACAGGAAGAGCUUGCAAAGGGAACUCCUUACACAUAUAGAUUUCGUGUGCCUAAGGAGGGAAGUCUAAAAAUUAAUGACCUUAUUCGGGGUGAAGUUAGUUGGAACUUGGACACACUUGGAGAUUUUGUAAUUAUGAGGAGCAAUGGACAGCCUGUUUACAACUUCUGUGUUACUGUUGAUGAUGCUACCAUGGCCAUCUCACAUGUUAUAAGGGCUGAAGAGCAUUUGCCAAAUACUUUAAGGCAAGCACUGAUAUACAAGGCUCUUGGAUUCCCCAUGCCAUGCUUUGCACAUGUGUCUUUGAUUCUUGCUCCUGACCGCAGUAAACUGUCAAAGCGGCAUGGUGCAACUUCAGUGGGUCAGUUUAGGGAGAUGGGCUAUCUGCCCCAGGCAAUGGUGAAUUACCUGGCACUUUUAGGUUGGGGUGAUGGCACUGAAAACGAAUUUUUCUCCCUCGAGCAACUUGUUGAAAAAUUCACAAUUGACCGUGUUAACAAAAGUGGUGCCAUUUUUGACUCUACUAAGUUGAGGUGGAUGAAUGGCCAACAUUUAAGAGCACUUUCAUCAGAGAAACUGAUCAACCUUAUUGGUAAACGGUGGAAGAGCACCGGUAUCCUUGUGGAGUCAGAAGGACCAUUUAUAGAAGAAGCAGUUCAGCUGCUUAAGGAUGGAAUUGACUUGGUAACUGAUUCAGACAAAGCACUUUCAAAUUUGCUUUCUUAUCCCUUACAUGCUACUCUAUCGAGUCCAGAAGGUAAGACUAUUGUAGAAGAUAAUCUUUCUGAAGUUUCAUCAAGGCUCUUAACUGCAUAUGACAGUGGUGAAAUCCUUGGUGCCCUAGAAGAAGGCUAUUCUGGCUGGCAGAAGUGGGUGAAGAGCUUUGGCAAAUCUCUUAAGCGCAAGGGGAAAUCACUUUUUAUGCCGCUUAGGUUGUUGCUAACCGGAAAGCUCCAUGGCCCUGAAAUGGGUUCUAGUGUGAUCCUGCUCCAUAAGGCUGGAAAUAGUGGCAUUGUUACUCCACAAGCUGGAUUUGUCACAUUGAGUGAGAGGUUUGAAAUACUGAGGCAAGUCAACUGGGAAGCCCUAAAUGAGGAUCAACCUUCCUUGGAAUCUGCUGCAACUGUAUCAAAUUGAGAAUAUCUGGUUUUGGUUUUGCUAAUUUUCUCUUCUUUUUUUUAACUUCACCUUUUAUAGGUGGUUUGUUUUUGAAGCAUUUUGAUGAAUAAGAUUUAAUUUGAGAUAUUUGCUCUCUGCCAAUGCUCAAAUGGAAUGAGUUAAAUUUUUAUAUAAUGACAAUGACAAGGAUAUAUUGAUGCUGUUAUGUGUAUGA